ACUGUUUCUGAACGCAACCAUGUAUACGACCGAAUGAUUUUAUUACUGUAUCCAUUCGCCGACUCACUCACUCUCUUCUUUCUCAACAACUCCACGGUUAACAUCGCUCUGUAAUUAAUAUCCGUUUUUUAGUGAAAAUACACAGUUUUCAUCGAUAAAAAGUGACUUUUAAUUAUCCACCAACAUAAAUGGUGCCGAAACAAGUGUAGUUCGAGUAAAAGUUGCAAUAUUUCAAGAAACUUGACGCCGCGUGUGAAGUGCCGUUCGGACUUAAAAUCUCUCAUCGUGCGGAUAUAUCACCGAAAUAUUAACGCCAAGUCGCGCCUCACAGCAAACGAGAAAGUUUUUAGUGAUAUUUCAAAGCCGCCACAUCAAAUUGAGCAAAAUUUUAUUUUCACCGACCAAGCCCAUUCUCGGAAUUUGGUGAAUUCAAGGACAAACCGAAAAGGGGCAGAAUGAACAAUUUUGGAGCGAAGAUCAGACCAUUCACUCAAACAUCGUGAAACGUCAUUCGAAUCUGACAUCCGCCGUCAAUGUCAUAAUUGACACUUCAUUCUCUACUCCCUUGUUUACAAUUGAACAUCAAAAUGAAAAAUAAUACCAAAUCCAACGAAAUAAAGAAAAUAAAGGCACAGAUCGCGUGGUGUAAAGGAUAUACAACCAAAAUAGCAAAACUUUUAGACGAACCGGACAAGCCUUUAGACUCUGAAACAGCACAAAUUAGAUUGGAACAAACAGAAGCCAAUCUCAAAAAAUAUAACGACUUAGCGCUGGAGCUAGCCAUCUUGACUGAAAAGGAUUCAUCUGAAGAUUUUGAAGAAGAGGAUGAACACGAGGAGCGAACAAUAAUCGUCAUCUCGAGAUUACGGAAACUAACCUCAACAGUAUCGAAAACAACUACGUCUUCGUCAUCGUCGGAAACAACAGUGGAUACCACGGGCGUGACUAGUUACCAUGGUGGAGUACGGUUACCGGAAAUCGACAUUCCUGCGUACGACGGGAAGGAUUACACUAAAUACGUCGCAUUCAUCGAGCUCUUCGACGCGAUAAUAGACUCCAGUGACAAGUUGAAACCAGUGCAAAAACUUUUCUAUUUGAAAAAAUACCUAAAAGGUGAAGCUUUAGCCUUAAUAGAAGGACUUCCCUUAACCAGUGAAUCAUAUGGUAAAGCCAGAGAACUAAUUAAAUUGCGUUAUGAUAACAAAUUUUUAGUAAUAACAAAUCACAUUCAAGCUAUAAUAGAUAGCACACCCAUUGCAAAAGGUACUGCCAGCAACCUGAGGGAACUUGUUGCCAAUACUCGUCAGCAUCUAGGUGCUCUUAAAGCCUUAGGUCAGCCAAUAGAACAAUGGGACUUAAUUGUACUAACUAUUAUCUUAAAAAAGGUGAAUCAGUUUUCGUGCAGAGCCUAUCAUCAGGAACGGGACAGUGACAAGAUGCCAAAUCUUGAAGAUUUCUUGUCAUUUGUGGAGAGGAGAGCCAGCAGCUUUGAAGAAAGCCAGCAAAGUGAAGACUGUGACCUAUGGACAAAAAAGUUCGAGUUUCCUGGCAACAAGAUGCUUAGAGGAGCUGGCAGCAAGGUAUGAGACGGAGCUUCCUAAAGCAGCAGAGGUGAUCCGCA